CACAAACAACGGAUAAGAAGACUGUAUCAGCGAUAAUUUGUUGAUAAAAUUCAGCUUUAGACGCCCUAGCAAACACCAAACAAAGCAACAAAGAGACUGACCUGAAAUUGAAAACUCGUCGCGAUUAAAACUCUGAGUACACUCCACAGUUCGUCACUGCCACUUGAGGACAACGGACGGUCGAGAGGUUCAUCAUCCAUCCCAACUCCACCAUCAGCAUCAUGUGCGUGAUCUUUUUUUACGCCAAUUCAGAUCCCCAGCCCGGUGGCUACAGGCUCAUCUUGGCUUCUAAUCGCGAUGAGUUCUUUGCCCGUAAAACCGUGAAGGCGAGCGAAUGGCCCGACGCGGAUCAUGUCGUUGGCGGCAUUGAUCUCGAACCGGGCCGCGAGGGCGGCACCUGGCUGGCCAUUGGCAGCGCGAGUGGAGUCUUCAAAGUUGGGGCCCUGCUCAAUCUCACAGGCGAGCCCAAGCCCCGCGAUGCAGUCGCGCACAAGAACAUUUUGCAACCAAAUAACCAAAACAACCACAAUAACAGCCACAGUCACAGCCACAGCCACAGCAGCAGCAACAUGAGCAACAGCAAGAGGCCAGAAAAUAACGAUAACGAACAUUUCUUACUAGGGCGCGGCAUGAUUGUGGCAGACUUUGUGUCCCAGUUCGAUGAGCCAAACAGCAUACUGAACUUCAACCAGAGCCUGCUUCAGGACUGCACCAAGUACAGCGCCUUCAACUUUGUCUCCAUUGAGAUUGGGCCAAAAUCCCUGCCAGCCCAGAUCAGACUGCUGAGUAAUGUGCCGCCCACCCUGAACGACUUUGAGGAGGGAAAAUGCUACGGCUUCGGCAACAGUCUGCCCGGGACUCCCUUCGAGAAGGUGCGCUUCGGCCAGCAGCAGUUCUCAGAUAUUGUAGAGGAGCAUGGCACUGGCACAGUCGAAGCACUGAGCGCGCAGCUGCUGAUGCUGCUCAAGAACAAGAAGAAAUUCUGGCCCGAUGCGGAGCUGAAGCGUCGCGCCCCCAACUGGGGCGAGGAAUUGAGUGCGCUCAAUGUCCACAUUGGCGACCGCGGCUAUGGCAGUCGUACGCAUUCCAUUAUCCUGGUGGACACCAACAACAAGAUGCAUUUCUUUGAGGAAAAUUUUGAUCCCGAGAUCAAUUCGCUAGAGCCAUGUAAUCUACGGACGGUGGUCCACAAGCACUUGGGGGCGAUCUAAAUCUAGUAGUGGAAAUGUAUGUGUGUGCAUUUUUGUUGCAUUUGUUGGUGUGUUAUGAAUAAUAAUAAUAAUAAUAAUAUCCAUUUUGUCUCUGGAA